AUGGGUGCAGCUUGUGCUAAUGCAAAAAUGAAUUAGACAGUUCCUUUAAUUAAAAUUACAAAUGGAGAAGAUUAAAUAGAAAAAAAAUAAGAAAGCCAGUAAUAAUAAUAAAGAAGUACAUCUUCUAGAGAACAAAAUAUUACUAAAUUAAGCACACUUUCAAAAUAAGUUUCAAACAUUUCUUCAGAUGGAGUUCCAGUAAGAAAGUAAACAACUUCAAGAAUGUCAAUUUCUGGUGAUGAUAGAGAGAAGAAACCUAAAGUUUAAGGUAAAAACUAAGGAUAAGAGUAAUUAUUAAAACAAAGAGAAUUUAUACUUGAGAAAUUUCUAAAUGAUAUUUAAUUGUUGGAUAAAUAAUUAAUGUCAGAUGUUAUAUAGAUGUUAAGAUUCUUUUUAUCUCAUUUAGAAUAAUCAAAUAUUUAUUGGACUAAGUAAUAUAUUCAAUAUAAUAUUAUUAGAGUGUGGUUAAUUAAUAAAAAUGAUUAUAGCAUUGUAGUAGGAUUUACCAAUAAUAUAGGUGAAUCUAGAAAAAUUAGAAUUUUGUAUACAAAAUAAAUUGAAUUAGUGGCAAAUCUACUGGACAACUAUUUGUUUUUUUAAUAAUUUGGAAGCUAUAAGAUACAUGAUUUCAGUUUCAGAUUAAACAAGAAACACAAUAAUUUCUAUGUAUUUUCUGAAUAAGAAUAUUGUGAUGUGUCAUUAGAGAAUAUAUAAUUGUAACCAGAAGAUAUUCAACCAUUAUUGGAAUAUCUCUUAAAUACUAUAUAAUAUAUGCAUCAAAAUUUCUAUGUUCAUUCAGGGUAAUUCAUAUUUGUAAUUAAGAAUUAAGCCAUCCAAUGUUUACAUGAUUUAUCAUAAAUAAAAGGUAUUUAAAUUAGACUUGAGUUUUUCCGCUUUCAGAUUCUCUAGAAGACUUAUCAAAAAUAAAAUCAAAGAUUUUAGAGCCAAUCUUGUUAAUGAUUUAGAAGAUAUUGCUAUUCUUAUAAUUAAUUCUUUUUAUAAAGGUUCUGAAAUUAGAUAAUAAUUAAAAUAAAAGAAUAUUGAUUUUGCAAAUAUAAUUGAAUCCCUUUAUUAAAAAUAGAAGAAUGUUAUUGAAUGUUACAUAAAAGAUAUUAUACUUUUAUUAUAUAGAAAUAGAUAAUAUCUAUAUGAUCUUAAAGCAUCUGAUUAUAUUUAAUUCUUGAAAUGCAAUACUACUCCUGAAUUAAAAGAUUUCAUUUAAGAUAUUCCAAUUAAUAAUAAUAAUAAUUUAAAAAAUGUAUUAUUUGAAUACUGUAAUAAUAAAGUAGUUUUUUAUCAUUUGAUAUCUACUAGAAAUUAAAAAUCAUACACAUAAUAUGAAUUAAUUGAUUAAAAUGGAUAAUAAAUUAAUAUUAUUAAUGGAACUGCUUAUAUAUAAGAUAAUAAAUUUUAUUUUGCUUUUGAAAAUAUGAUUGGAAUGAUAACUAUUAAACUUAGUUCUGAAUAACUUGAAGAUACUUUAGAAAUGUUAUAAAUAUCAUUAAGAUAAUAUUUGGCAACAAAAGAAUAAUAAAAGAAAGAAAGAAUUGAUUCUGCUUAAAAAAAUUAUUAAUUACAAUUAUAAAUCAAUUAACAUAGUCCUACAACUUAAAUUGAAGAUUAAUUUAAAUUUAGAGAUACUUCUCAAACAUAAAAAUAACCUAAUAAAAAUUUUCAUGAUAGAAUUUAUUUUACUCCUUAAAAUUUAUAAGAAAUAUUUAGUAUUAUUGAUACUGAAUAAAGAAAUUAUAUAACAGCUUAAUAAUUCUAUGAUUUCUUAUAAUAAUAAACAGAUUCAAUUGAUAAUUCAUUACUUUAAUAAUUAUUGUUUGAUAAGAUAUAAGAAAUUGUUUUAUUUUUUUCUGAUAAAAAUUUGACUUUUCAUGAAUUCCUAUAAAUAUUUUCUUUUAGAUCUAAAUAACAAUUACCUAUAUAUAAGAAAAUUGUUAAACCAUUAAAAUAAGCUUAAAAUGUAAAAUCAUUUACUAUUAUUAAUAAUACUGUUCAUUAUUAUGAUGGUUAAUAUUUAUAUAAUGAUGAAAAUUAAAUAGAAAUCUAAUAUGAUUUAAAAUAUCUUACUAAUAAUUAAAAUUAAUUAUUAAUUAUUGGUAUUUAAGAUAGUUGUCUAUUAAUUAAUACCUAAUAUAAUUCUAUAUAGACAGAUAUUAAAGUGAAAUCUGAUUUUGGAUUUUAUAAAUUCAAUGAUGUUUAUUUCAUUACAUAAUAAAAUGAACUUAUAUUGUAUUCUUUAAAAUAAAAAAAAAGUGUAAAAUUAAAUGUAAAUGGAAUUACAUCAUCAUGUAAUUUAAUUUAUCAUAAAUAUUUUAUUCUUUAUUUAUAAGAUUAAAAUGUUUUUAGAAUCUUUUUAUCUUAAGAUAAAUGGUGUAUAACAUCAUUUAAUGUAUUUGAAGUCUUAUAUGAACAUGGAAGAUUAGAUUAAAAAAUAAAAUUGAAAUAAAUAAGUACUAAAUAAAAUUCAAGUGAUGAAUUAAUUGGAUUAUAUUCUAUUAACAAAGUUCAUUAUCCUAUUACAAAUCAAACACCAUCAUUAUUUAGAAUAUUAUCUGUUUCAAAAGAAUAAUAGAAUUAUAUACUUAUAUAAAGAAUUGUACAUGUUGAAUUUGAAUCAUUUGAUGAAUGUUAUUAAGUAUGUAAAUAUUUAGAUCCAUAUUUAUUGGAUUUCUUUUUGAGUAUGGAAUAAUAUGAUGGAAAAUUAAGAUUAAAUUAUAUUAUAGAAAAUUGUGAUCUAAUUUAAAAAGAAGAUUGUAAUUUUAAGUUAAUUAAAAGAUGUGUUAAAAAAUUAAAUGAAUUAAGAUCUCAUGAUAUCUUUGUAUAAGAUAUGCAUCCAAAUAAUGUUUUUAUUACACCUAAUUCAAUUAUUUUUGCUUCUCUUAUUUAUAAGACCAAUAUUCCUAGCAUUUAUUAAGAAAAAUCAGUACCCUUUAUGUCUUCAUUAGAAUAUAUGGAACCUAAAUCAUUUUUAGCUUUUACUUAAAAUUUGACAUAAAAUUAGAUCUUUAUUAAUCCUAGUAAAGCUAAUAUUUAUAGUUUAGGAUUAAUAUUUUUAAGAUUACUAUCUAAUUAUCAAAUUAAAAAUACAAAAGAAUAAUAAUUUUAUUUGAUGGAAAUUAAUUUGGCUCUUUAAUAAUUUUAAUUCCCUAAUUUAAAACCAUUACUUGAAGAAAUGCUAAAAGAGAAUGAAGAAUAAAGAUAUGAUUCUUAUUAAUUAAUAUAAUUUAUUAGAAAAUAUUAAAAAUUAAAUUAAAAAGAAUUAUUCUUUACAUCACAACCAUUAUAAUUAUUAGAAUAAUAGCAGUAAACUUUAUAUGGGUAUUAAAACAACACAAUUUAUUAAUAUCAACAAGUAUUUAAAAUGUACAUGAAUAUUUUAUCUACUAAUUUAUAAGUAUUAUGUGUAUAAUCAAAUGAUGAAGGAUAAUUAAUUCUAUUGGCUAAAUAAUUAAAUUAAAAAACAUUCAAAUAUUUCUUGCUUUAUAUAACAUUAUCCUAAAAUCAAAAUGAAUAAUUUCAACAACAUUCAACCUUAAUUUUUGAAGAAUUAGUUAAUUUUUAAAAAUUUGCAGAAGAAGAAUAAGAAGAAUUUGAUAAUAAUAAUCAAUUAUAAAUUAUAUAACAGAAUUGCUAACAUAUAUAAUCACCUCAUGUUGUUACUAAAGAAGUGUAAGUUCCAAUAUUUGAUUUACAAAAUGUAAAUGAAUGUACAUAUUUGAUAAAUGGAGAAGAAUUAUAUUUUUUUGGUUUUGGAAUUACAAAUGAAAUAAGAUAAGUUGGAUCCAGAGAUUGUUUUGUAUAUAUGCCAAAAAGAAAUUUAUUUAAAAAAGUUGGGUAUAGAACAACAUAUUAUGCAGCUUAAGUGCUAGAUUUUGGAGAAUAUUGGUUGUUAUUAGAGAAAACUUCUAAUAAUAAUAAAAUUAGAAUUUAGUCAAUAACUAAGGCUUAAUUUUAAUGUACUGAAAGAUUAAUGAAAUUAAAAAAUAGUGAUCGAGUAUUUUAUUUUAAAUACUUAUAAAAUGUUAUUGCCAUCUCAAAUAACUUGUGUUGGUAUAUAAAUAUCGAAUAAUUUAAAGCAUUUUAAAUAUAAUGUGAUAAUAUACCAUAAUCAAUUAUCUCAAUGUAAAACACUUAAAACAAUACAAUAUUAACAUAGGAUGGAGUAUCAACAUUAUAAUUUGAUGGUAAUAUGUUAAAAGUAUAUUGA